ACACCUUUAACUGUCAUGCAGUGUCUCCCUGUCGGGUAAGCUUACAGACUAUGGCGGUAACCCCGCGUACUAAUAACCUCGAUGACCUUAACUCGACGGUCAACGGCUCUGAGGCAGACGUGGCCGUGACCUUGCCUCUCUUUGGAGCCUUCCUCAUGGCAUGGAAAGUGGCGAGUCCUGUAAUUAUUAUGCUCGGUACCAUCGGAAACACCCUGAUCAUUGUGGUGCUUUACAGGUCAAAGGUCAUGAGCUCUAACAUGACCUCCUACUUUCUAACGAUAGCUGUGUCUGACCUGAUGAACCUGCUUGUAUCCAUAACCCUAAUGUGGCUGAAACAACAGUUCAACAUUCAGGUCUGGACUUUACACGAAGCUUUGUGUAAAAUGACCACCUGGUUAAAUUACACGAGUAACGCUAUGUCCACGUGGACUCUGGUCGUCAUGGUAACCCAGCGAACCAUGUCAAUUCUUUUUCCUCACAGGGUGAACAUUUUGUCAACGCCUCGGUCUGUCGCGCUUAUAAUCAUCGCUUUGUUAACGUUGGCCGCGUUAUCUAACAGCCACUUUCUCUACUUUUCUACCAUCUUUGAGCUCAAGGUGCAGAACAUCACCAUCGUGAAACAAUGUAAUGAGAACUAUGAGGAUGUAGCGACUUCCAUCGCCUUCAGCAUCUUUACGUGGAUCUACACGCUAACUUUCUCCCUACUGCCUUUCGUCGUCCUACUAAUCGAUAAUGUCAUUCUAAUCAGGACGGUAGUGACGUCAACACACGUGGCGCGCAUGCGCCUUGCUGCUGGUAACGAGCAACAGCUGAUGUCCCGCGAGAAGAAAGUGUCAUCAAUGACCCUGACGUUGAUCUUCACAUCGUUAGCGUUCUUCUUGCUCAGUUUUCCUUACGGAGCGUUUGGUAUCUUUCAGAUGUUCAUUAACAACCAGUGGCUGGCUGACGCAGUGACAUACCAAUUGUUGAAUUUUAUUUGGGGAAUCUUCACGCUGAUGAGGUGCUCUAACCACGCCGUCAAUUUCUAUUUGUAUUUCCUAACCGGAAGCAGAUUUAGAGCCAAGUCGGCGGAAAUUCUGUGUGUCUGUAAGAUAAAAAUCUCAACGGAACAGUGUAAGCUGUAUAAAGAGAGUAAGACCACUUAUGACGAAAAAUCGACUGCAAUGAGUCAGUUCAGUGAGAUCACUAGAUGGGGGGACCCUGUGUGCAAAGCUUGCAGGUAACCAGCAUUGUACAGUAUGAGACAGCAUCAGGCAGCAUUAGGCAGCAUUAGGCAGCAUUAGACAGCACAACUAUUUACGCUGACUGAAAGUACAAACGACAUUAAAUACCUCCUUGAUCUGGAUAUUGGGUCGUUCAUGUCAAAUGAGUGGAAAAGAAAAUGUCUUUUUACUUUUUAGACACAUUUACUCGGAUAUUUCAGUUUUAUCACUCUCUGGCUUAUAAGCAACCACACAAGCAAAGUAACAAAAAAAAAACAAAAAAA